AUGGCUUUACUCUCGUCACUGCUUGUCCUGUACUUCGCCCACGACGAUGCCGUCGCGCUUAUUCAGUGCAAAAAAUGCGACUACGAUUUCGAAACUGAACAAGAAAUUAGCGAUCACUGCAAUGCAGAUCAGAUGGCGUUGAAAGAAGAAGAAGCAAUUAUACUACCGUAUCAGGUGUGUGCUCGAGAAAUGGUGAACGGUAUUGAGCCGCCACAGCGUUGGACACCUCCAUGUGCUGGAAAUUUCUGCACUUACAAGAAAAGUAUGUUCACGCUCGACAAUGGUACCGUAGGCCAUUCGCAUUCAAAGGAUUGCUCAGCUGGUAGUGAUUUUGACCUCUUCUACACCGGUAUACCGUUCCUCUUCUAUCCAGGGUGUUGUGCUAAGUUAGAAUACGGUGGUCAACCUGACGAGACCAUUUGCUAUGGUUCAAUGGCAGAUGACGCUGCAGCCGAUUUCACGGCCCACGAGUUGAUCGAAUGCCAUGCUGACUACAUGUCUAAGCAUUUACCGUACAUUCCUUUUAUGAAGCUGUGCAAGGGACAUUUUUGUGUGAUAGCCGCAUCACCACAUGGAGACGUUUACAGGGGUUGCUUAACCGUUGAUCAAAGUGCCUCUGAAAGACAAAUUGCGCCUGGUUAUUAUCAGUCGUACAACGGAAUGGAGCAAUGGAUAUGCGAUUCAUCGAACUGCAACUAUGAUAUGCAGAGGAUGGAAGAGUCAUGGCCGCCAGAGUUGGAAGAAUUCAGGUUGGAAAUUUUUACCAAAGCGAACACUAAUUUUUAA